UUUUUGCACUUCCGCCAGUGAUUCGGUUACCUGUCAUCAAGAAAAAGAGGAGUGACAAAUCUAAACAAAACAAUCGAGUAGAAAUGAGUACUAGGUCUGAAAAAGAAAAGCAAAAAGUUCAGCAAGAAAAAUUCCAGGCUAUUUUGUCUAAUCUUCUGAAAGAUGAUGACAACAAAUACUGUGUAGACUGUGAUGCGAAAGGUCCAAGAUGGGCAUCAUGGAAUUUAGGCAUAUUUCUAUGUAUAAGAUGUGCUGGUAUACAUCGAAAUCUUGGUGUUCACAUCUCCAAAGUAAAAUCAGUCAAUUUAGACACCUGGUCCCCAGAACAAAUAGCUAUGAUGAUGGAAAUUGGGAACAGUCGUGCCCGUGCUGCAUAUGAAGCCAAUCUUCCUGACAAUUAUAGGCGACCACAAGCAAAUGGGGCACUGGAGAGUUUUAUACGAGCAAAAUAUGAAAGUAAAAAGUACAUGGCAAAGGAAUGGGUUCCACCAAAACCUUCAGUACCAAAAGAAUUAUUGGAAGAUGACAAAGACAAAAAGAAGGCCAAGCCAAAAUCAGGACAUAUAACCUUGAGUUCUGUACCAAGAGUAAAUUCUGAACCACAAAUGGCAACACAUUCUAGUAAACCAGCUAAUCCUAAACCAGUACAGAACAACUCGAAACAAGCCAGUACACCACAGCAAUCUGCUCCUCCUCCACCUCCAAAGAGUUCAACCACAGGAGAUUUAAUAGGCUUAGUGUUUGGUCAGCCAGCCACAGUUGAUACAACAACUACUAUAUUAGAUGCCCCAACAGCAAGUGAAAAUACUUCUAGCAGUUUACUUGACGACUUUAUGGGUAGUUCUACCCCAUCUUCAUCUAGUCAGCCAGCAACACAAACCAAUACAGCACAGGUAUCAAACGGCAGUCUGGAAGCAAAUUUAUUCGGUGAAACUCCUAGUACAGAGAAAACCUCGAAUGUAUCAACAAAAGAUUCAAUCAUGGCGUUAUUCGGCGGUAGUCAACAAACACAACAACAAUUUGGUGUUCCAGCCAAUACGUGUAGCUAUACUUCACUUUACGAGGAAGUGGGUGGGGUAAUGUCCUCUACUUACAACACUAACCCUUUUCAGACAUCAAUGAUGUUUGCUUAUGCUGAACCAGGUGGGGUAUACAUGCCACAACAACAACAGAUGGGUCCUGGAAUGUAUAAUAUGCAGCAGCCCCAACAACAACAACAACAACAAACAAUGCCACAGAUGAAUGUGCAACAGGGCAUGUAUGGUAACCAGAUGGGGAUGAUGGGUAUGCCACAAGGUCAGAUUGGUAUGAGCUCUAUGGGUGCGAUGCCUCAGGGACAGAUGGGAAUGCAGCAAGGCAUGAUUGGAAUGCCAGGUGCCCAGAUGGGAAUGUACGGACAACAACAACAACAACAGCCUCAGAUGCAGCAAAUGCAGUUUCAACAGAUGCAACAGCAGAUGGGCAAUAUGAAUUUAGGCCAACCACAGAUGGGAAUGGGAUGGAGUGGCCCUCAGUCAUCGGGACAUACCCUGUCUACAAACUUGUGGCAAUGAUAGGAGUAGAGGAGCUUAGGGACAACAUUCCAUCAUCCUCUCAUACAUAUAUAGUACUCUCCAUCAAACUAGUGAUGAAUAUAAAGGACAUUGUUUGUAAGGGUAUCCACAAACAUUGAGUUUGUUCACAGCACUAAACCAUUGGGGUUUUAUUUACAGAUAGGGAUUGUAAUAUUUGUUUAUCAGAAAGUUAAAUGUGAUAGUAUUUGUUUUUUAAUAUGUAUAAUAUACUAGGUUUUGUAAAGAGAUGUUUUAAUACAAUUGUAUGAAAAAUACAUAUGAUUUAUUUUACAUUUAAUCUUAAAUCUUGUGUUUGCCAUAAAUUAAUAGUUUAUUAUUUUAUGUGCUGAAGACAUUAAAAAAAUAACUAGAGUACAGUAUAAAUUUAUAUAUCCCUACUUUGAUCUUUUAUUUGAAUAACAAUAUAUUUGACCACAAAUAUUGACAUGUGCUUUUUUGUUAACAAAAAUAUGUUGUGGUGAAAUUCAUAUUAUAAUCCACUAAUCUGAUAAUUAGAAUUAGACAGAUUAGGGAACUAUGCAUGUUUUCAUUCACAUAAAUUCCUGUAUCAGAUCAUUUCAUCUAAUUGGGUUUGUUCGACUGAGCAGUUAUAGGCAUGUUUGUUAUAUCUUUAAGCUACCCUUAGGUUAACACAUAAGUAACCCAUUAGUAAUCAAAGAAAUAAAAGCUAAAAAUAAAAUAAAUAUUGUUAUUAAACUGACUGUAAGUCACAACAUUCAAGUGUGUCUUGCCUAUGUAAAAAUAGACUGCAGUUUCAACUUUGUUUUUUAAAUCUUGAGCAACAUUAUAAAUGAACAUUUAUUUAAAGUCUGACCACUUGCCCCUAACUGCUGUGGGUUCAAACUCCACCAGGGACUGGAUUUUUUUAUGUGAGGAAGCUAUCAAGCUGGUUUAGGGAACAAGGAUUGUUCUUCAAUAAUGCACAAAGUGGCACCUUAGGUACUCCUCCAACAAUAAAGCUGGAAAGUCACUGAACUGUGUUUGUACAUAAAACCCACCAAAAAUAUAUAUAUAGAAUCUGAUUUAUGAUAUAAACACACAAAAAUAUACUGAUUGAUAUUGAUGGUAUAAAAUACAAGUAAGAAAAGAAAAAAAUGUGUGUGCAUAUUCUUUGUAUUUUUGAGUUAGUAAAUUGACUUGUUCUUUAUUGAUAUUUCUAUUUAUCUCAAAAUAGUGUUAAUAUUUGGUUGUCAUGACAUGUUUUGUGGUGUGUUGUUUUUUUUUCCUUCAAAGAACACCAAAUUUCAUGAUUACAAAGUUGUCAACAGGGUGUAUGUGGGCCCAUUUCCAAAAAGAGAGUGGAAAAAACAAACCCAUAGAAUAAUUAGAUGUAAUGUUUACACUGGUAAUGUAAUGAGUUUAACAAUAUGACGAUUUAUAUAACAUGUUUUCUUAUUUGAGAAAGUUUAUUUCUUUAUCAAUCAUUAACAUCAUUUCAAAUGAUAAGAAAAAUUGAAAUAGAAGUUUUAAUUAAGUCAUUAUGAUGUCUUUAUAUUACAAAAAUGUGGUUCCACUGUGUAUGAAAGAAACCAUAUGGACUUUUAGGCAAUAUGGUGCGGGAGGUGUAAAAAUUUGAUUCACAUUUUAACACCCAUUGCUAUUAAAACUUUUAAAUGAAAAACUUUCAAAUAAAUGAGCCGCGUCACAACAAAACCAACAUAGUGCGUUUGCGACCAGCAUGGAUCCAGAUCAGCCUGCGCAUCCGCGCAGUCUGAUCAGGAUCCAUGCUGUUCGCUUCAAGUAGAGAAACUGAUAGCGAACAGCAUGGAUCCUGACCAGACUGCGCGGAUGCGCAGGCUGGUCUGGAUCCAUGCUGGUCGCAAACCCAUUAUGUUGGUUUUGUCAUGACGCGGCUCAAAUGUUAAAUCUCUAUCCAUUAACUGAUUAUCAUUCCGUACAUGAUUCUAAGAUUUCAUGACUAAUUCAUGUGCCAAGCAUAUUUAUUUAGUUUCAUUAUCUAUAAACAUUUAUUGAUUUUAAUUGAAAUUUGCAUUCUUAGGUCUUAUAGAAAACAUGGCAGGUUCUAAAAAUAUAUUAUCCAUAAAUUUUUUGUUGAUUUAAAAUUGAAGAUGAUUUAUGAAUUGGACUGGGGAUGUGCAAUGUUUUAAUUUAACUGAUGUUGCAAAUAAUAUCAAAAUGACCAAGUUCAGUUGAUUUAGGAGAAUAUAAAUAAUAUUAAAGAAUCUUGAACCACUAUAUUGUAGAACAUUAGGCCAUACUAUUUCUUAUCAUUUGUUUGUUGUAUCUUUUUCUGCAUGUAAACUUAAGAUUGUGAUAUACAUGUGAAUAUUUUGUAAAUAUGUUUUGCUCUUCAAUAUUGGAGGAAUAAAAAGUAUCUAUCUAACUGUUUCCAAUUGUAUGAGUGUGAGAAACUAGAAAACUUAAUUAUUAAUUGUUCAAUUAUAUAUGUUCAUUAAUAGUUAGAAAAAAAAAGAGAAGUUUUUUAAAUUAUUAAGGUACAAGUAUUACCUGAAGAUGUGACAGUCUGUAGAACUUUAGUCUCAUAUUUUGUUUGCAAUAAGAGAUGAAAUUUUGUAGGACCCACAAAAUCAAAAUCAUUCAGCUGUCAAGAUUUUGUAAAUGCUGUCUUACACUCUUAGGCCAUAGUAAGAUGAAAACAUUUUGAAAAUUUUAAUGUAUUGUAAGUUCUGAAUAAAGCUUCAUGCAUUAGUUCUUUUUGCAUUUGUUGUGUUCAAAUUUUGAAAAAGAAAAAUUUCAAAUUAUUUGUAUGAAACAAAUAUGCUUGCAUUUUUUUAAGGAGCAAAUAGCAUGUUCAGGAAAUCAUUGUCUCAAACGGUUUAAGCACUGCAUAUAAUAUCAGCGUAGUGUUUUGUUCUGGAACAUUUUAUUCUGUUUAUGCACAGUAUACAUGUGACAAGUUUUCAAGAAUCUAAGAUUAACCUUAAGAUUUAGGAAACAACAAAGUUGUACCAUUUAUAGAAAUAUUUCAUUAGAUUAUAGCUUUAUUCUCUUUAAAACAUUGGUAUCAGGUAUUGUGUUUAAACUUCUAAAAUGUUCAUGUGCUGGUUUUGAAAUCCUUCAUGUUAUUGUGUAAAAUCUGCUUUUUUGUGAAGUAAUAAUUUCUGUAGAUUAAGUGUACCGGUAUGUAUUAUUGUUAGAAACCCAAUACAGAAAUAAAUUUAGUUCAGUUUCGCGUGACUUGUUUUGAAUGGAAGCUGUAGAACAUUUAGGUGUAAUUGUUAGUGAAUGUCACUAAAACUAGCAUAAAAAUAAUUUAGAUAGGUUUUGUAUAACUUGUAUUGAAUGUUGUGAAAAUUAUUUGAUUUACUACACACAGAAAGAUGCUGGGUUUGGCACAUAUCUUUUUGAAAAAAGAGAUACAAUUAUGUUAAAAAAAUUUGUAAUAAAUUUACCAAAAAUUAAUACUUCAUAAAUAUUCAUUAUUUUACAAGAGUAGCUUCUAUUUUAUGUUCAUAAAUAUUCAUUAUUUUACGAGAGUAGUUUAUAUUUUAUGUUUAAUUUUAUAUUUGUCAGGGUGAUUUGAAAUAUAAAUAUACUAUUUCAUUUUCUCCAUGUUCUCCAUUUUUUUGAGGAAAAAGAACAACAACAAAAAAAUGUCUGAAGUCAUUUGAAAAUGUUUGAUAGAAAUAAAACACAUUGCUUUUAAAUAGCUAGAGACUUUACCUCAAAUGAUACAAGCAGUUCAGCAUUUUCAGUAUUAAUCCUCAACCAUUCUGCUCACAUGCAAUUUUGAUCGCUAUUUUUCAAAGCCAUAUUGUUAAAUAUAACUGUAAUUUCACUAUACUUGAUGAAAUAUGGAGCAUAUAUUUAUUCAUUACCAAUAAUCCAGUGAUAACCGUGUCUGGAUGUAGCUUACAUCUGAAAUCUUACAGUGAAAUAAACGUACAAUCUAUAUUUAUAUUUUAGGCUAAAUCUGAUUGGUCUUUCAAAAGCAAAAUGAUAAUUCAGGAAUAAGAUUAAAAAUUAGUAACUCCCAUGUCAAUCAGUCCAAAAGAAGUUAAAUCUACCCCAUGUUAAAUGAUCUACACAACAAAUCACUUUCAAUUCACAUUUCCCAGAGUGCAAUUUUAUGUUAAAAUGUAGACUGGGUACCAAUCUGUCCUUGGGUGAAUUUGAAUUUAGACUGAUUUGCCUUACAUUCUUAAUCUGAGUCGAUAUAGAAUAGCCAUGUUGGUGAAGUUUGGUAUCAUAGAUACCUGGUAUUAUAUAUAGUACUUUGUUAUAUUGUUUUAUGUAGUUAACAGAAGCCAAAUGUGAAUACCAGUACAAAAGUAUGUAUAGAUAUGCUCUCAUUUUGAAAUCGACAAAGCACCAUGUCUCAAUGUUUGACGAUUUUGUCUAUAUCAUGUAAGAUAUGUAACAAAUUUAAUUUUUGUAGAUUUGAGAUUAAAUUUUGUUUAUAUAUGUGUAUUUUGUACAAUGUAUGAACACUUAACACUUUUCUGUAAUAAGUUACUGCUGAAAAAUAACAAACACUAUCCUGUUACCUAAAUUUUAACCAGUGAAAACAAAGGACAUUUUGCAUUUAGUUUGGCAAUACACUGUAAGAAAUUUCUUAUUUAAAAAACAGUUUGGUGAAGAAAAGAAUUGAGAAAUAAGAAAAAGAGGUUUCAGUAUGUAGAUAUGUUUUCAUAUUAUUAUACAAAGCAAAGAUACUGACAAAAAGAGGGGCUGAUCAAAAAGCUGAUUAUGAAAUCCUGUCUUUUUUGUUUUAUUUUUUUAAAGAAUAAAUAUGUAUGAAAUUCAAUGUCACCUUUUUAGUCAGCCUUUUUUUCUUUCUUAAACUAUAAAAGAAUUAUAAUUUACUGCUUGAAAUUAUUGUUGAUGCAUAAACAUGUAGGAAAUGUUGUUAAAUUUGUGUCAUCGAUCAUUUUAAACAAGUGGUUUUCAGUUUUUCUUUUUUUAUAUAUUAUAUUGAAGUGUUUCACAACAUGUAUGUAUGUAUUUGUACUUUGUUGACUCAUUAUUUAGUGAAUUGUAAAUAUUAUCAUUGUGAAUAUUAAAGAUGAUAAGAUGUCAUUA